UUUCAAGGGUCUAGAACACGAUCACCACCACAACACUAGAGUAGAGUUUUUAGCAUUAUUUUCCCCAUCGCACGAUCUUCCCUUAUUUUCCGCCCAUUUUCCCACUUCCCAAACAAACCCUAAACGAAAGCUUCGGAUUUCCCAAAUAAACGAUACCAUUUUCUUUGGCGCCGGGAAGAAGAACACCGGAAUUCUCUCUGUCUCUGUCCCCGUCUUCGAAUCAUCAAAAAAAAUCCCUUUUUUUCACCAUUUUCGAAGAGGAGGAUAACUCCCAGGAGGAGAAAGGAGUGGGAGGAGGAACAUUUUCGGGUUUAUAAUCUUAUCGGUUUUCCCGUGAAAAAUGAAUUUCACGAAGCUCGAUGACUCGCCGAUGCUUCGGCAACAGAUGCAAUGUAUGGAAGAAAGUGCCGAGUUACUGCGGAUGAGAUGCCUAAAGUUUCAGAAAGGAUGCCGAAAGUACACUGAGGGCCUCGGAGAAGGAUAUGAUUCAGAUAUAGCCUUUGUAAAUGCGCUUGAAAAUUUUGGAGGGGGCCAUAAUGAUCCUAUUUGUGUUGCUUUUGGAGGUCCUGUCAUGACCAAAUUCACAAUUGCUUUACGAGAAAUCGGGACGUACAAGGAAGUUCUUCGCUCCCAGGUAGAACACAUGUUGAAUGACCGGUUGGUUCAUUUCGUAAAUGUUGACAUCCAAGAUGUUAAGGAAGCUAGGAAACGCUUUGACAAGGCUUCCAUUAUAUAUGACCAGGCACGUGAGAAGUUCCUUUCUCUGAGGAAGAGCACUCGAUUGGAUGUGGCCUCUGUCAUAGAGGAGGAACUUCAUAAUGCAAGAAUGGCAUUCGAGCAAGCCCGGUUCAAUCUGGUUAGUACACUCUCUAAUGUGGAGGCUAAAAAGAGAUUUGCGUUUUUGGAAGCAGUCAGUGGGACAAUGGAUGCACAUCUUCAAUUCUUCAAGCAGGGAUAUGAACUACUGCAUCAAAUGGAACCUUUUAUUAAUCAGGUGUUGGCUUAUGCACACCAGUCCAGAGAAUGUGCCAACUACGAGAUGGCAUCACUUAGUGAAAGGAUGCAGGAAUACCGAAGGCAGGUUGAUCGAGAAACUAGAAACUCAGGCUGCUCUCAGGGUUCUCCUACUGGGGAUGGCGUUAGACUCCUCUCAAGAAAUUCACAGAAAGUCAUUGAGGCUGUAAUGCAAUCUGCCGCUAAGGGAAAGGUUCAGACUAUAAGACAAGGAUAUUUAUCUAAGCGUUCCUCGAAUUUGAGAGGUGACUGGAAGAGAAGAUUCUUUGUCCUUGAUAGCCGAGGGAUGCUGUACUACUAUCGCAAACCAUGGAAUUGGUCUUCAGGAAAUGGAAGCCGAUCUGCUGUACAUAGAAAUAUGGGUUCAGAAAACAGUCCUGGACUUCUGAGUCGGUGGCUGUCUUCGCAUUAUCAUGGUGGUGUGCACGAUGAAAAACCAGUUGCACGUCACACUGUGAACCUACUAACCUCAACGAUCAAAGUUGAUGCAGAUCAGACAGAUUUAAGAUUCUGCUUCAGAAUCAUUUCACCAAUAAAAGUGUUCACAUUGCAGGCAGAGAAUGCACAAGAUCAGAUGGACUGGAUCGAGAAAAUAACAGGAGUAAUUGCUUCUUUAUUGAGUUUCCAGACGCCUGAAAGAACAAUCAUGCAUCUAUCUACUAUGGAAGGAGGUGAUACUUUCUCUGCAAGUGACUCUGGUUCUUUAGCAGAUGCUCAUGAUAUUGACAUUGCUGAAAAUGGAGAACCCACCUCAGACAACGCAAUCACUGGAAAUCGUUUAAGGUUUUCUGGGUGCCUGCAACAACAUCAGGACAUGACAAAGAAUGAAAAGCCAAUUGACAUGUUGACAAGAGUGCCCGGGAAUGAACAAUGCGCAGACUGUGGCGCUCCUGAACCUGAUUGGGCCUCUUUGAAUCUCGGUGUUCUUAUAUGUAUCGAAUGUUCUGGUAUCCAUCGUAACCUCGGUGUGCAUAUCUCGAAGGUCAGAUCACUCACCCUUGAUGUUAAAGUAUGGGAGCCGUCUGUCUUGACAUUGUUUCAAUCAUUGGGUAACAUAUAUGUGAAUUCCGUGUGGGAGGAGUUGUUAUAUUCCAAGGGUAAAUCUUCUGCUGAUGACAAGUCUUUAGGAGCACCCAAGCCUGAUCAACCAAGAAAAUUUCUUGCAAGGAAGCCUGUUCUCAAUGAUCCCAUUUCUGUGAAAGAACUGUUCAUCCAUGCUAAGUACUCGGAGAGGAUUUUUGUCAGCAAAGUAACAGAGAGCCAUCACUUCCAGACGGUUUUCCAAAAGAUAUGGGAAAGUGUCCGAGCCAAUGACAAGAAAUCAGUGUACCGACACAUUGUCUGCUCUGAAGUAGAUGUGAACACCAUCCGAGGACAAGCAUCAUAUACUGCAUCUUUGCCCCUUGCAAAGGUGAUGCAAAUGGAGGAAAAGGAGGAAACCCUUGAAGCAAAAUUCCAGAGCUUCAAAGACGAAUUCUCUGAAAAACUCGAGAGAUAUUCUGACGAAGAUUUAGUCAGAGAAGAGAUCUCCGAAGACUGUCCUGUGCUUCACCUCGCCUGUCUUUGUGCAGAUAUUGGCAUGGUCGAGCUGUUGCUUCAGUACGGUGCUAAAAUAAAUGCAACAGAUUCAAAGGGUCGGACCCCACUUCAUCAUUGUAUCAUAAGCAGGAGAUAUGCAAUUGCCAGGUUGCUACUUGCGAGGGGGGCAGAUCCAAAUGCUGUGGAUAAAGACGGUAACAUACCCGUCAACUAUGCUUCAGAUACAGACCUCAGCGACAUUGAGCUGAUCUCGUUAUUAACUGAGACCAGAAGAUGAUACUGACCGAGAACCGAUUUAUAUGCUUAUUAUUAUACACAAGCAGAAUAUGAUAUUAGCAAUAGUCUGAUUCAAAUUCUUGUCCUUUAUAUUCUUUGGACCGACCUGGUAGUUUUGCUUGCUGGUUCAGUUGGUCAUUAGUUCGUGAAGAGCGUAGUGCAUGUAUGUAGGCUUUUGGCUCUUAAGCUUUCCCUUGGUUAUCAUUGUGGUUGUACAUAUCAUUUUUUUGAUGGUUGUAUGUACUGAAGGUGAAAAUCUUUGUAUUGGUUACAUCAUGAUAUGUAUGUUUGGCUCAUGGAACAAUGAAAUGACAUUUUAUCA